GUGAAUCUUUCUACAACAGGCUCCGAUGUUGGACCUCCGACUUCCGAUAAUGGCAAUCGCCAAGAUGGUGCAUCAUGGGCUGGCGGAUGUUGCUCGCCCUAUGCGGGAAGCGGGAACACAUCGCUUGGCAUUCAUCCUGUUGCGGGCAUCCAACUAGAUCAAGCGUCAGUUUACUUGAUCCUCCACGUCUGGUUGGGUCUCCUGCAAAAUCACCAUCUAAGGAGUGAAAUUCGCGCGACUGGCUGGACAUCCUCGGCUAGCCUUCGCCAUCGCCACCGCCAUCGCUUUGCGAUGCUGCUUCUCCGCUUCGCCAUCUUGCCGCUCGUUGCAACCGCUGGCGUUGCAAGAACAGAGAUUUCUGGAGCGGUGGCAGCAGGAGCAGGAGCAGCAGCAGCAGCAUCGAGCGCGGAGACUCCAGGCGACCGACCUCAGGGCUUUUUGGCUGGAGUGCAGCUCUGGACACAACAACUUCCGCAACUCUUGGCGGACGCCGCACCGUUCAGCUCUCCUUUCUCAUCUGCGCUUCCGUUCUCCCUCGCUCGAAGUCAAAGAGAUUUGCCCCCUUCAGAAGAUUACGUACACGCCGAUUCGGACUCAUCGUCCCCGGCUUUUUCUUCCAUUCUUCCGCUAGAUGAUCACCGAAUCGAGGCACGCGACGCGUCCGAAGCGAAUAACCCACCUUCGAUCGAGUUCGUCGCUGCGCCAAAGCCGAAGCCGAAACCGAAACCAGUUGUGAAGCCUGCUCCGAAGACCAAGGCCAAACCCAAGCCCAAGCCCAAGGCAAAGCCUAAGCCCAAGGCAAAGCCUAAGCCCAAGGCAAAGCCUAAGCCCAAGGCCAAGCCCAAACCCAAACCCAAGGCGGCACCUCCUAAAGUGCCUCCGAAAGCUGUGCCAAAGCCUCCACCCAAGGUACCGGCCAAGGCCGCUCCCAAGGCACCAGCGAAACCGCCAGCGAAGGCACCACCGAAGCCGCCAGCGAAGCCACCAGCGAAGGCUCCAGCGGGGGCUCCAGCGAAGGCACCAGCGAAGGCUCCAGCGAAGGCUCCAGCGAAGGCUCCAGCGAAGGCUCCAGCGAAGGCACCAGCGAAACCGCCAGCGAAGGCACCACCGAAGCCGCCAGCGAAGCCACCAGCGAAG